AUGGGUGACCUUGUCGGGAUGGACGGUGACGAUUACUAUGAUCAAUUCUUGCCGAUGCACUCAAAUCAGUGCAUCGAGGUGGGCAUGUUAAUGCGAGUGAAUGGAGAUCUCACAUCAAGAGCUGAAGUUAGGGUUCUCUACACGUUAAUCUACUUUGUCAUUUUUGUAAUCGGCGUUAUCGGCAAUGGUUUACUCAUUUCGUCAACUGUCAUGCGAAGACGUAUCACUGUCGCCAAUAUUUUUCUCGUUAAUCUCGCCAUUUCGGAUUUGUUAUUAUGCAUCACAGCCAUCCCAAUCACUCCCACACUGGCUUUCUUCAAGAAAUGGAUGUUCGGAGAGUUUAUGUGCAAAUUUUUGCCCGCAUGGCAAGCUGUAUCAGUGUUGAUUUCUACGUACAGUCUCUGUUUCAUCGCUGUCGAUCGUUAUCGGAGUAUUGUGACGCCGUUGAAAGAACCGUGGACAAUAAGGAAUGCUCAGGCAAUAAUGCUGAUGACAUGGCUGAUGGCGAGUUUCCUUGCGAUGCCUUUGUAUUACACGCAAACACUCAUCAAGAUCAAUUUGCCCGAUGGGAGUUCACUGUGUGACGAUUUUUGCGGCGAGUACGAUUGGCCGAACAAUGACAUGUACAAACUAAGCUACGGUUUUAUGCUGUUGAUGUUGACAUUUGUCGUUCCAGCGCUUAUCAUGACAUUUUGUUAUAUGAAAAUUUUGCAAAAGGUACGAAAAGAUUGGAUUGUGGCCGAGGGAUCGAUGCUGACAGCAGCACAACAAGUGCAAACAGCCGCUCGAAAGAGGCGCGUGAUGUACGUGUUGAUAUUGAUGGUUGUCGUGUUUAUGCUGUGCUGGCUACCGCUCACCGUCGUCAAUCUUCUGAGAGAUCUCGUCUUUUUGAGGCCCGAACACCAGAUGUACUUCAUUUUGUUGAAUGCGCACGCGUUGGCGAUGACGUCGAUCUUGUGGAAUCCGAUUCUCUAUUUCUGGAUGAGCAAGCGUCAUCGUCGAGCGCUCAAGGAUGACAUGUUCUGGUUGACGAACGCGAAACGACAGCCGGCCAGUGCUUUGAGCAGAUUCGCUCCAUCUCCUUCGGUUUCCGUUGUCUACAAGCGCGCCCUUGAGCGUCAUUUAAUCAACAAUACUUUCAGAAGGGGCACUCUGGCUGAUCCAACUUGCAUGUCAAGGGAGAGAGCGCUCGAGGAAAUGCACGCGAAUUGUUUCCUUUUGGUACCAUUGAUGCCGUUGUGUCAAAACGUUCGACGGAAUUCUCAUCUCGCAUUGGAUGGACAUCACCAUCGAAUAAUUCGUCACUCCUCAUCGGGAAGUGGGCAUAACAGGAGAAGACAAUCAACAAUCACUGAGACAACAAGAGCAUCGAUUACAAUAAAAGAGACU